AUGGCUUCCACUCCUACCACCACUGCUCCGGUCAAGCGGGCUUGCGAUAGCUGUCACAGAAGAAAAGUAAAGUGCAUUGGCGAAGGCACGGCCCCUUGCAAAAACUGCGUCUCUGCUGGCCUUGCAUGCACAUACAAUGCCAUCCCACAGAAGAAAGGACCUAAAGGCAGUCGUGCCAAAGUCCUGUCCGAACUUCGCGAAACACAACGCAAUGCCCAACUUGCUGCCGGAUUCCCAACUGACCUUGGCUUCGAUGGCCGGUCACUAUCCUCGACAUUCGCUCGCACGCCGGGCCUCAUGCCCCCCGCUCUCGUUGAGAGUUGCAUAGAAUACUUCUUCGCCCAUGUCUACCCCUCCGAACCCGUCUUGCACCGCCAAAGAGCGCAAGAAGCCGCCGUUGGUAUGGACCGCUCCACCGAGGCGUAUUGCAUGGUAGUCGCACUAUGCGCAUACGUCAUGAUCCAGGCCAACCACAAACCACCCGUCAACGUCCUACCACGACCAGAGAUGGCCCACAUGUCAAACGUUGGCAUCGGCCAUGUCCUACUGGAAGAGUCCGUCCGUGUGCGACAAGGCUACGACCACCGCGAGAACCCCUCCCAGAUGAGCGUGCUCACUUCAUGGUUCUACUGUGGUUGCUACUUUGGACUUGCGCGCGAGAACACAGCAUGGGCAUACCUCCGGGAAGCCACCACACAAGCGCAACUGCUAGGCAUGCACGACGAGGAGACUUACAAACACGACCCUCUGGAUAUCUCGCGCAAGCGCGUCCUAUACUGGCUCCUCUUUAUCGCCGAGAGGACUUAUGCCCUACACAAACACCGCCCAAUCACAUUAUACCCCACCAUCCACCCUCCUUCGCUGGACGAGGUCCCCUCCGAUCGACCCAUUGCCGUUGGCCUGGAACUUAUGAUCAACAUGUUCAAGAUUAUCGACGACACAUACAUCAACCUCUGGAACCGAGUGCACAACACACAUGCAAGCGCUGCAUGGAUUACGCAAAUCCAAACCCAACUCUCCGAGGCGGUACCAGCAUACUUCGAGUGCACAGAGGUCCAGGAAGUCCAGAUUCGCAUAACUCAACAAUGGCUGCGAUCGCAGACAUGGCAGCUAAGUGUCUGCCAGGGUCUUGUGAGCAGCGUCUCCAACGACAUCCCGCUCACAUUCAAAUACCCAAUCGAAAUCGCGAGGGACCUCCUCACAAUUUCGCAUCAAUUCUCGCAACAAGCCAUGGAGAUGCACGGCGUCGGACUGAUCGAGAAGCUAUUCGACAUUGCGUGUUGUCUAGCAGAUGUCGUUGCAUGCACAUCGUUUUCGCCUGAUGCAUUCGCUUUGGGCCCUCGCGACUAUGUAUCGCGAUUCCUCACUCUGAUAUCGACUCUUCGUGGAGGACAGACUCGAUACCUCCCUCUUCUCCUCACCAAGCUCUCUGAAGUCCUCCCGAACCUUCCGCUUCCCCGGUCUCUGAACCUCCCCCAGACGGUUCCCGCUUCGACGCUCGGCUUAAAUUCUACUGGCUCGGGCACACUUCCCUCCAAUGUCGCCGACGACUACUCGGCAAACCCGAACGCAACGUCGCCCUCGUAUCCUAACAACGAUCUGAUUCGUCGACUGGCCGCGCAGACUGGAGCCCAACUCCCUUUCAAUACGACCCAGCAUUCCAUGGUCAAUGUACCUACCACGCACGUAGGCGACAUGUCCCUGUACGACUCCUCCCACAGUGCAGCGCAUUCCCACUCUUCUAGCUCUGCUCCAAGGAGCACUUCCACGACACCAGGCCCAUACGAGACUCCAAUGGCACAACGGGGGUCGCAACUCGUAGGUCAUCCGACCAUGCAAUUACCCACUUCGCACGGCCACAUGCAGAGCCAUCACAUGGGCGUUAAUGCUACAGCUUACGACCCACGGUUUUCUAUUCAGAGUUACCCAGUCGACCCUAUGAUGUACAAGCAAUAG